GCUCGGCUUAAGAUCAUCUUCCUGCAGGUCUUUGAUCGAGAGUCUGAUCUAAAUGAGACAUGAGGUCUGGUCGGACAGCUUCAGGGAUCUUUCCUCAGAGAGCACUGAGAGCUGUCAGAGCACCAAACCAAACAUGAUGCUUUCAAGGACCCAGAUUGAAGAGUCCACCUGGAGCGUGCAGUUUUUCAUACUUUCCUUUCAGAUGAGAAGCUUUAAGUCUGUCUCCUCUGAAGGAUGGAGUGCAGAGCAUGCUGAUGGCUCCACUUCAUCCUGAAUCACCCGACACUCUAAAUCAUCUGCAGCUCCUCUGUGGUCGUAACUCUCUGAGAUUUAUCUGCUGAUGAUCGUAUAAAGAGCAGGAUCCUGAAGGGGACAUAUCUUCAGCAGGUGUAGCAGACGUGUAGCAGCGUGCAUCCUCAUGGUGCAUUUUUAUGACCAACUGAUGAAGUUAUGUAAGAGAGAGAGAGAGGAGGAGGAAACAUCGUCUACCCGGUCUACCUAAGGACUCACACCGUGUCUCUCUUUAAAGGCUGUUUUGUGGAGCUUGUGUCUCCUGAUGUUGCAGAUUGAACUUGUCCUCAGAUCCCUUCAUCUUUGAGUGUGCACAGAAAGCUUUAACGCCUCCUGAGCAUCAAACCGAAACAAGAAGCUAAAGGAGGCUGAAGAAACCUUCUCUCCUCUCUUUCUCUCUCACCAUAAUCAUAAACUGUGUGAUGACAUCAUCACCCUGGGGGAGGCAUGAACUCACAAACACACACAGAAUGGAGAGUAUGUGUGAGUGUGUGGUUUCUGCUCUGUCUCUCAUCAGUUUGUUCUCUCCCAGGUCACCCCAGGCCGAGCGUCGUCAGACUCUCUCUCUCUGAGCCUGUAGGUCCUGGUUUUGAUCAGAUCUUCUCUCUGAGUGAACAGAUCUCUUCAGCAUGAUUUCAUCCUUUCUUCGCGCUCUCUCAGAAAUCCUCAGAUUCUCUCUCUCUCUUUCUCUCACUCAUGGAUCUCAUGGCAGCCGUCCUGUUCCCUCCAUAAAGCCUCUCUUUGUGUUUUGUCCCUCUGAGGCCUCCGUCUCCUUAAUGAGCUCUCAGCGCCCACGCCCUGGUCUGACUGGGAUCCUGGGAGCUGUUCUUCGUUGAGGUCAGAUGUUUCUAAUCAGCUGCUGCUGCUCAGGUGUGACUCCAUCGCCUCCAAGAAGCUUCAACAGAAUCUCACCGAGGCGUGUUUCUGAGUGUGUGAGGAGGACAGAUUUAAAAACACUUACCUGGGAUCUGCAUGGAUAAGCUGUGGACCGGGAUCUCCUCCAGACCGUUUAUCUCCAUCAGAGAGGAUCACCGUAACAGACACAGGGAGCGCUGAGAGCUGCUGUUCAGUCCCAGUGAAGGAUGAGGUUGGCCCUCUCAUUAACACACGGCUGCACGGCAUGCUUUCAGAUGCAGAAGAGGAGCAUGCACAGACACAUUCAGACGCAGAGCGGAGAGAAGCGAUGGGUCACACAUUAAAAAACAGACGUGAGGAGCCUGAGGGUGACGGCAUGUCAGCGGAUCAAACUGGAGCUGAUGUGAUUUUUAUGGGGCUUCACUUCCUGCCAUGAGAUCAUGAAGGUUUCAACUGGCUCAUAAAUCACCAUCACGUAUUCAUGCUAUCGUCCUCAGAGUUUAGUUUUGAGAUCAAGGGUCACAGAAGGACGGUGAGCUUAGGGCAGAGAGCCUCUACCCAUCACUGUGUCACUGAUAGCACACCUGCACCAAAACCACAUCAGAGGAAGGUCAACAAGACAGGCAGAGACAUCAGGAUGUAGAGCUCCUCAUCUCCACAGUAACUGAUGUUAUGAUGCAACUCAGUGACCCUCCUGACCCACGCUGAGAGUCUUUAAGGUGCAUGAUGUGGAUGAAGUGAGAGGUGCAAAGCCCAGGAGUGUCAAAAAUGCACAAAAGCAUCCAGAACAAAAACAGGAGCUGCAGAAACAAGAAUGAAAACUUUAACUCUGAGCAUGCAGGAUACAGAUGUUUCAGCGUCUCUCCAGGGAGCUGUGUGUUGAGGUGAAUGUACUUAAAGUUGCUAUGAGUGAUGUUUAGUUGUGUUUGGGUAAAGGUGUAACUUUCUUCUCAGUCCUUCUUCUCUGUGUUUAAGUUUCACCUCACAUGAUCUGCUUCUCUGCUGCUCUGCAGCCACAGUGCGUCCUUCACUUCAGCCUCAAAUUCCCUCCUGAUUCCCCAUCCAGCUGUUCCCCAAACUGUAAACUUUAGCGGUAAAUCUGAGUCCUCAUAGUUCCAGUAUGAGUCACCCCUGACUCCCAGCAACACUAACCGCGCUUUCUCACACUCAGCAGAUUAGUCAGGACCCCAAAAACUCUCCUCAGUCUCUCCAAGAACUCCAGACUCCUCCUGUUGCGUCUGUGCUGCGCUGCAGAGACCAAACUUCACUCACUUCAGCCUGGACACCACAGAGAGCAGGGGGCUCCGGAUUUAACUCAAACUUUCACUCUGAGGACUUUCAAACUUUUUUGCUUAUGUGUGCGGAUUCCUGCAGUUUCCACUAAAACGCGCUUCAGGGGUUUUAUUAUCUGCGCUUUUCUGACUUUCCUCCACGCUCAGAUGGAAUAUUUGGAGCUCCCAAGAGAGAGGAUAUCACAGGUUUAAGUUAUUUGAAGGACUGCUGCUGCUGCUGUGACCGCCCCUCCCCGUGGACAAAAAGAUGGACCCCCUCACCCUGCGCGUCCUCCAGACUCUUCUGGUCCUUGUGAUCCUGCCCCGGGCUGCCCCUGCUCCCUGCCCCCGGUCCUGCUCCUGCCCUCAGCCCACAGAGGUCCACUGCACCUUCCGCUCCCUCCUCGCCAUCCCUGCUGCUGUACCCAGACAAGUGGAGCGCAUGAACCUGGGGUUCAACAGCAUCACUAAGAUCUCAGAGAAGUCUCUGUCAGGUCUGAGGAAGUUGGAGCUGCUGAUGGUUCACGGGAAUGACAUCCACAAUGUGCCUGAUGGUGCGUUCAGGGACCUCUCUUCUCUUCAGAUGUUGAAGAUGAGCUACAACAAGCUCACAGAGAUCAACAGACACACUCUUCAGGGUCUCUGGUCCUUGGCGAGGCUCCACCUAGACCACAACCGGCUGGAGUUCAUCCACCCGGACUCCUUCCAGGGCCUCACCUCGCUGCGGCUAGUGCAGCUGGAGGGGAACCGCCUUCAGCAGCUUCACCCGGCCACCUUCUCCACCUUCACUCUGAUGGGACACUUCCACAUCUCCACGCUGAGACACCUGUACCUAUCGGACAACCAGCUGACCUCUCUGCCCUCCAGGCUGGUUGCCACCAUGCCUCAGCUGGAGAACCUGUACCUCCAUGGGAACCCGUGGACCUGCGACUGCAACAUGAAGUGGUUCCAGGAUUGGUUCAAAACCUCAUCAGGUGUCCUGAAGUGUAAGAAGGACAGAGCUCUCCCCGGAGGCCAGCUCUGCCCCAUGUGCUCCUCUCCCAGACACCAUCAAAAGAAAGAGCUGCAGGCUGUGGAGAACCUGGUCUGCAGGAGCCCCAUCAUCACCUCCCCUCACAGGACUUCUGCUCCAGAUGAGGUCCAGACUGAGGUCAUGACCAUGGAGGACUUCAGGGAACCUUUUGGAAACAUCUCCAUGGGUCUCUCGGAUGAACACGGGAACGAGGUGGAUCUGGAGUGUAGCAUUAGCGAGCCCAGAGAGCUCACCAGGAUGGACUGGGAGCAGGUGGACCAGCUCCACCUGGUCUCCAACAUCUCCUUCUCUGUGGACCUGGAGUGCUCUGUUAGCAGAGAGAAGUAUGAGCGGCUGUGGAGGCUGAUCGCGUACUACAGCAGCGUCCCGGCUCACCUACAGAGAGGCCUCCUGCUCAGGAAAGACCCUCAUCCCACAUACGUGUACAGACAGGACUCAGAGAAGGAUGCUCAGUACUACACAGGAGUCAAAGUGAACAUGAUGACGCAGCCCGACUGGCUGAUGCAGAAAUCUGCAGACCUGCAGCUGAACAGACUCCAGUCCUCAGCCACAGUCGUGAAGCUGAUCCUGAGCUCUCACGUCUCUGAGGAUGUGGAGGCGGAGAUGGUGCGGAGGCAGAGGAGGACCUGGGUGAUGAUCCAGUCCACCAACACGACUCGUAACGUGAUGAGUGCGAUCCUGGGGAGGCCGACUCAAAUGGACUGUGACGUGCAGAGUUCUGGGCGAGCGGUCAUCAUCUGGAUGCUCCCAGACGGCUCCAAGCUGGAGGCUCUUCACAGCGGUCCAGACAGCAGAGUGUCUGUGACCAGUGAAGGUCAGCUGGUCUUUAAAACCGUCAGCCACUCUGACGCUGGAGCUUACUACUGCAUCGCCAAGGUGCACGGAGACCUCGCCGCCUCGCCUUUCUACCUCACGGUGCAGGAGUCCUCUCAGUCUCCUCCAGGAGACGACACCUCUGUCUCAUCCGUGGAGGGGUUCGCAGGGAGCUCCUUCUCUCUGCCGUGCACAGCAUCUGGUUCUCCUGAUGCUGAAGUUCACUGGAUUCUACCGAGCAGCAACAUCGUUAGCUUCAGAGCUAACUCCUCCAGAGCGUCUGUCUAUCCCAACGGCACGCUGCACAUCUCACAGAGUCAGAUCUCAGACAGCGGCUCUUAUAAAUGUGUGGCUUUAAAUCAGCACGGGGUGGACACGCAGGCUAUGAAAGUCACUGUCAACAGGAGGCAGGGGUUAGUGAGACCUCUGAGGAAGUUUCCUGCAAGACCUCAGUCAGCUUCAGGGGUAAACACUCAGAUCAAAGUCCCCACAGAGGACCUGGAGGGAUCAGGGGACUCGGCAGGGGCUCAGGUGGAGGCUUCAAAAAGCCCGUCAGAUGCUGUGAGGAGGAGGAUCCCAGGAGGCGUGAUUCCAGGCAGGAGGGGCGUGCAUCCUUCUAGGAAGGUCUGGAGGAGGCCGACAGUGCAGCGGACACCAGCAGGAGCACGAGAUGAAGACAGGAAGAACAUCAUCGAGAGCAGGAGGAAGACAAAUGUGUCAAAGAGUAAGAUAGAUCCGGAGAAGUGGGCAGACAUAUUGGCGAAAAUCAGAGACAGAAACGCUCAGAACGCUGCGACGCCAACGCCAGAGAGGACAGUGACAGAGGGAGGGACGACAACGCCAGAGAGGACGGUGACAGAGGAAGAGACAACGCCAGAGAGGACGUUGACAGAGGAGGGGAUGACGAACGAGGAGGAGGAUGGUUUGGAGGGAUCGGCUGAAGGUUUACAGGAGGAGGAGGGGCAGGAUGUCUUCACAACAACACACACUCCAAACAUGCAGACUAAUGAAGACGCUGCAGAGGACACACACGUGACGCCUGACAGCUCCACUCCACAUGACAGGACUUCAAACAGCUGGCUCACAAUUCAAGCUGCAGCAGAGCCCCACACAACCCAGACUACAUAUAAUGUUCAACAUACAGCCAGAGAGACAAACACUGAUAUGCACACCACUUCAAACAGUGUGUUGUUCCUCCCACACACCACAUCUGUUCCCCUGCAUGCUGUCACUGUCUGGCAGGCGAGCCUGAGCCGUACACUCUCUGUACACGAGAAGCUGAGCACAAAGACAGAUGUGGACGGAGACACAACAGCUGAUCCGUCCAAGGCAUCGGAGGAGAGAGGGGACGAGCUGAGCGUCAGUGCCAGCGCCGAUAAUGACAGAGAGGACUCUUUAAGGGGAAGUGAAGUCAUCUCCUCGGUCAACCCGGGCGAGUCAGAGCCAAGCCGAGAGGAAAACGCAUGGACAUUGCGGCCCCUCGCUCCGCCACAUAAUGAUCUGAGUCCUCAAGCAAUGCUCACAACAGCCUCUCCAACAACAACGCUCACACCUCCGUCUGCACGCAGGAGGGGGUCCAAAGGUCAGGCGCCCUCAGGUCAACCGAACACCAGGAGGAGGAAUGGAGGGCGGCGCAGGAGGCCCAACAGAAGGAAGCAGAAUAAACCUCACACCACAUCAGAAACUCUCAGGACGACUCCUCUCACACUGCUGGAAACAGAGCCUUCACAAGGAGCCAGCUCCAGUUCCCCCGCUCCAAGUCAAGCAAGGACAUCAGUGAGUCAUAGAGAGAGCACAGCCUCAGUGCAUGACGACAAGCUCUCCUCAAUACCAUCCUCUCCCCCCGCAACAAGGAGCAGCCUCCAGAGCGGAGCCAGACCGCUGCUCGAGAGCACGUCAGCAUCUUUUCCAACGACCGCUCCAGGAGCAGGUCAUGGAGAGACGACUGCUCAGACCGCCACGGGAAUCUUAGAGAUCACAGAGCUCAGUGUGACGCUCACAUCCAGCACUCAGCAGACGGUUACAAGCAGCCCUCCUUCACCUGUCGAACCCUCAGAGGAGGAGGAAACGGGCGUGAUGGGAGACUUUAGUCCUGUACCACCCUCUGACGAGUCCUCCAGCAGUCUGCAGGGUGUGAAUGAAGUACAAACAGAUGUGGAGCUGAAUCAAUCAGACCCUCCGUUUACUGAUAAAGAUGGAGAGAUGCUUCCACCUCGAUCCACCUCAGCAUCUUCUCUGAUCGAGCACGAAGCCAAGACAACCUCCAGUGGCUUAAACACAACACAGAGCAUGCUUCUUGUGGAUUUGCACACAGAAGAGGUCACCACAAAGACCGCUACCGUUACUGCAACUUCUCCUCAGAGAGUUAAAGGCACAGUCAGUGACGUAGAGGCAGAGAUGCCACUUCAGGGAGCUGCUGAUGUAGGUAUUAAUGUCAUUGCUUCAGUCACAACAUCGUCCUCUCCUACUACUCUCAGGCCUGAUGUGACAAACGCCACAACACCGUCCACAACACCAUCCACAACACAAUCCGAAACCAGCCCCUCGCUGAAGCCCACCACCAAAGAGGGACCAAGCCAGACCACCACCACUCCAGAGCCUCAGAGAUCGUCUCACACACCCCUCAGGUUCCCUCCAACUCACCCCACACUGGAUCCGUCUGCAGAGCCAACCUCUCCAUCCCUCAAACCCACCACAGAGCAGACAAUCAGUCCGACAUCCUCCUCCGCCCAGACUACUGCUACAGCCCAUACCGAUGCAUUCACGCAGAGACUGCUAACAAGCACUCUGGAAGACUCCAGAAGGAACCAGGUACCAGGACCAGGACCUGUUCCAAGAGGGAAGCCAAGGAUAAUGAAAAGUAAUUUCCAGACCGUCUCUGUGAGAGCAGAAACAGAUGCUCAGCUUCCCUGUGAGGCCGAGGGUGAGCCAAUGCCCUUCCUGUCGUGGACGAAGGUUUCCAGUGGGGCGAGUAUAGCUCAGAGCACCAGGGUCCAGAGGUACGAGGUCCGUCCAAAUGGGACGUUGAUCAUAAGGAACCUGCAGCCCUUGGACGGGGGCCAGUACCUGUGCAAGGUGCAGAACCAGUACGGCACAGACAACAUGGUGGUGAACCUCGUGGUCCUGUCUCAGCAUCCCCGCGUCCUCCAGCAUCGGCACAGAGACGUCACGGUGCAGCUCGGGGCCAGAGUGGAUCUGGACUGUAAAGUGGAGGGGCACCCCACACCCCGUGUCACAUGGGUGUUCCCAAACCAUGCCCACGUGCCAGCCGCCCCUUCUGGCGUUGUCCCUCAGCAGCGGGUGUCCGUGUGGAGUAACGGGACGCUCCAGAUCAGCCAGGCCUCCUUCACAGACCGAGGGAUCUAUAAGUGCAUCGGGAGCAGUGCAGCGGGAGCGGACACGGUCUCAGUCCGCCUCUACGUCUCAGCGUUCCCUCCUGUGAUCCAGCAGACCCUUCACGAGAACACCACCCUCCCUGAAGGCAGCACUGCCUUCAUCCACUGCACCGCCACAGGGACCCCUCAGCCCUCCAUCCACUGGCUCACACCUGACGGAGUCCAGGUCCUCGCCUCUCAGUCUGUCACCGCCCGCAACCUCAUCGUCUUCCCCAACGGGACCCUCAGCAUACGAGCGCUGGGCUCAGGGAACGCCGGGAGGUACGAGUGCUCAGCCAGUAACACCCUGUCCUCCAGCAAGAGAACAGUGAACCUGAGCAUACGGAGGAACCCCUCCUCCGCCAAGGCCACCAUCACCUCGUCCUCCCCCCAGAGGACGGACGUGGUCUACGGAGGGAAGCUGCUGCUGGACUGCGUGGCAGCAGGAGAGCCGGCGCCUCGGAUCAUGUGGAGGACGCCCUCCAAGAAGCUGGUGGACGCUCAGUUCAGCUUCGACCCCAGGAUCAAGGUGUACCCUAACGGCUCCAUAACUGUCCUCUCAGCGGUGGACACGGACAGCGGAGACUACCUGUGUGUGGCUCGUAACAAGAUGGGAGACGACUACAUCCAGCUGAAGGUUAACGUGCUGACCAGGCCGGCUAAGAUCAAGCAGAAGCCGCAGCAGUCCAGUCAGGAGGUGGUGUAUGGAGGAGACCUGAAGGUGGACUGCGUGGCCUCUGGUCUGCCAAACCCGGAGAUCAGCUGGGCGCUGCCGGAUGGCACCAUGGUCAACCCGGUGAAGCAGAGGGACGGUGUUAGCGGCGGGCGCAGUCGAAGGUAUGUGGUGUUUGACAACGGCACGCUGUUCUUCAACGACGUGGGCAUCCCUGAAGAAGGGGACUACACCUGCUACGCCGAGAACCAGCUGGGCAAAGACGAGAUGAAGGUCAGAGUCAAGGUAAAAGUUGUCGCAUCCAAGCCUCAAAUCCAGAACAAAGAGCAGAGGACCAUCAAGGUGUUCUACGGAGAGACGGUGACUCUAAGGUGUAACGCCAAAGGGGAUCCGCUGCCCAGCGUCACGUGGAUAUCCCCCACAAACAGAGUCAUCUCCCCUGCUUUGGAUAAACACCAGAUCCUGGAUGAUGGGACGCUGGUGGUUCAGAAAGUCCAGCGUUUCGAUGGAGGUAACUACACCUGCUUGGCCAGGAACAAUGCAGGACAGGAUCAUAAGGUCACCAAGCUGGAGGUGCUAGUGACAUCUCCAGUGAUCAACGGUUUAAGAGGCGAUACAAACACAGUCCAGGCUGCUGCUGUCCAGGAUCAGAGGAGGAUGAUUGAUUGUGUUGCAAAAGGAAAACCAAGUCCUCGGAUCAUGUGGGUCCUCCCUGGGAAUGUGAUCCUCCCUGCUCCGUACAAGAGCACCAGAAUGACGGUGCACCAGAACGGCACUUUGGAAAUCCACUCACCACGACGCAGCGACUCAGGGCAGCUGUCGUGCAUCGCUCGGAACGAGGGAGGCGAGGUGCGGCUGGUGGUGAACUUGGACGUGAAGGAGCUUGUGGAGAGGCCUCAGAUCAGAGGCCCGAGAACUGAUAGCUUGUCAUUGACUGUUGGGAACGCCAUGAUUCUAAAUUGCUCCUUCGAGGGUUUGACUCUACCUCAGGUCACUUGGAUGUUACCCAACGGCACUCCUUUGAAGAGCGGCGCUCGGUUCUCUAAGUUCUUCCACCACCCCAGUGGAUCCCUGAUCAUCACCAACCCCUCUGUGGCUGAGGCCGGCAUGUAUCGAUGUCUGGGGCGCAAUGCUCGAGGACUCGCAGAGCGCAUCAUCACGUUGUCUCCAGGGAGGAAGCCUGAGAUCAUGAACAGGUACGCCUCACCUGUCAGCGUUGUUAACGGACAAACACUCCUGCUUCACUGCUCAUCCAGCGGCGAACCCCUCAGGCUGACGUGGACGCUCCCCAGCGGUGUCGUCCUCAACAGGCCGCAGAGAGCUGGACGAUACGCCGUGCUGCCAAACGGGACGCUCGCCAUCCAGCAGGUAUCCGUCUACGACCGGGGGUCUUAUGUGUGCCGGGCGGUGAACGAGUACGGGAGCUCGAUGCUCUCUGUGUCUGUCAUCGUUAUCGCGUUCCCGCCCCAGAUUACAAACGGCCCUCCCUCCAUGACGUACGCCAGACGCGGAGUGGCCGUUCAGCUGAACUGUGUGGCGACUGGGAUCCCCCGAGCGGACGUAGCGUGGGAAACUCCUGAUAAGACUCGCCUUGCUGUGAGCGCACAGCCGCGACUGUUUGGAAAUAAAUAUCUCCACCCUCAAGGUUCGCUCAUCAUCCAGAACCCCACGCAGAGAGACUCUGGAGUCUACCGCUGCACGGCCAGGAACGCCAUCGGCACAGACUCAAAGGCGACUUUCCUCAAUGUGUUCUGAAGACUCUGACUGAUCCUCACGGUCCACCGUCAUACUGUAAUGCCCACGCAACUGCCUUUUUAACGCAGGUGAUGUUUUCAUGAUCAAGUGUUGUAAAAACUGCUGUUCAAACCACGACAAGACGAGCUGAUUCAGGCCUACAGCUGCAGAGAGAGUGAGUCCUGCAUGGAGCUUAAAGCUGAAUAUCUUACUCCCAUAGUGCACCGACUGUCCAGGACCCAAACCUCUGAGAACAGGGACUCCCAGUUUGAUCAAUUGACUUUUAAAUUAAAAAAUCUGAAAGUUUGGGAAAUCGGAACAUAAAAACAAAACUGUCAGGGUCCAAGUUUGCAGCCUAGAUCAAUGUCACUUUAAAGUCCUUCUCCUAAAGAUCCGGUCUUUGAAUGUAUCAUCAGUAACUGUAUGAUUAUUAAUCCUGCAGGGUCAUAUUACAGAAGAAUAGUCAAAUUCACCUGAUUCAACAGAAACCAGAUGCUACCACAUGUCUUACCAGUGUCUUCUUUAACCCCUCAGGGAAGCAGGCCGCACAUGUAAGACCAGGAGGGAGUCUCAUAUAGAAGGAAACAACGCUCACCUCUCAGGUUAGAUUGCUGCUCCCCUCUGCCUUCUUUUGGGAACAUUAUUAGUCCCCAAAGAUCUCAUCUCACCUCAGCAGACUUGAUGAUUGCACAUUUACACACAAGGUUCGACUCGACCCAGGAAAAUAUCUUCCAAGUUCUGGCUCUUUAAAGUUCCCAUGAAAUGCUUUAUUAGAGUUCAUAUUUGGUGCACUUACUCUAUAAAGAAGACUCUGUAGAAAGACUUCAUUCUUAGAGGUUGAUUGGCGUUAACAGCAGACAGUAGCGUCAAACGUAGGUUGACUUAAAAAAGAAGCUGCAGAGAGCUUCUUCUUCAUCUGCAGGUUUGGUUCGGACCCUGAGGACUCUGAGCUAGCACACACAGAAUAUCAGACAUGCAUUCUCCCCUCAUCAUUCAGAGCUUUGUUAAUCUAUAAAACAUUUGAGUAGGACUUUAAAGAUGCUCAUGAACACCCUGCAAAGAGCGGACCUGAUGGGUUUGAUUAGUUCAGUUUUGGUGUCAUAAAAAGGAUGGGACCAAAACCCAGUGAGAUCAUCCUCUGCUAGUUUUACAGACACGUUUCAGGACCCUGAUCUCCCUGGAGGAGGUACCGCAACCAUAAACAGCUGUUACGACGACCCAAACAUCUGAGGUUUUAUUUUGGGCUCCUCAGCGAGCGCUUAGAUUACUGAAUCAGGUUCUAUCUGAAGCUCCACCCAUCCAUCCUCGACUGUGCGUGUACUCUUCCCUCUGACAAUGACUGAUUACGUCAAGCUGUAAAGAAAUGCAUAACUUUAACUUAAAACAGAACUUAUUGAGAACGCAGUGCAGUGAUUUACUUUAACAACUCUGUUCUUAUCUUCUGUAGACACUUAAAGGACAGUUCUGGUGUUUUCAUCUGUGGCUCUAAUGUCACAGAUUUAAGGUUUAAGUGACUAAAAGUUCAGAGAUGUAACUUUCAGUCAUUCAAACCCAGGAGAGGUGAGCCCAGAUUAAAACUCCUCAAACUGCCCUCUCAGUGUCCUCUGUUUGUUUCUAUAACUGGAGUCAGAUAUAUCUCAGUAACUGUGAGGACUGUGCACAUUUUUAAUCUGCUUCUGAAAAGGUCCGACGCUUUAUUUGUAAAUUAUUCGUCUUUGAAAGACUGUGAUGCAAAAGAAUCUCUCAUAUUUUAAUAAAAUAUUUCCUGUUUUUAUGAA